AUGAGGUGCCCUGAUGAGGAUCGAGUUCGGUUGGCUUCCUUCCUCCUAAAAGGGAAUGCUUAUCACUGGUGGAAGACCGUUCGUAGGGGUUAUGUUGAUCCUACUACCAUUACUUGGGCGGAGUUUCAGCAUAUCUUCUACGAGCAGUUCUACCCACACUCGUAUCGAAAUGCGAAGAAAGUCGAGUUCUUGCAAUUGAAACAGGGGUCGAUGUCUAUGUUGGAGUAUGAGCACAAGUUUAAUGAAUUAUCUGGGUUUGCUCCUGAACUGAUUCCCAAUGAAGAAGAAAAGUGUAGACGUUUUGAGGAGGGUUUGUGGCUGGACAUUCAGGCAGUGGUCAUUGUCACCACUUAUCCUACCAUGAGAGCACUGGUUCAAGCAGCGGACCGUGUGUCAAAGAAGCUCAGUGCAGGUUCAGCUAGACGUUUACGGCUAGGGAUUCUUCACGGCAGACUAGCUCAACCUGUCACAACUGUGGACAGGUUGGACACUUUAGAAGUGAUUGCCCACAUCUUGUAUAGAGCGGUGGUCCAAGUCAGAGGGGUAGUACUGGUUGUUUCUAUUGUGGUCAGGUUUGGCACAUUAAAAGUGAGUGCCCUCUUCUCUCUCUCAGUGAUACUGCAAGGCAGGAAACUAUGGCCUAGCAAGGGCAAGGUAGUCAAGGUCAUAGUCAAAGUGAGAGUGGUGCCUCUUCUUCGGCUGCAAGUUCUUCAUCCAAUAGUGGGGUUCAGUCUACCUUCCGUGGUAGAGGUGGUAGACACCAGAGGGGACAAGGUGUUUAGAGAUAGCUAUGUUCAAGUGGGUGAUGCGGUGUUGGAAGCCAAUUUGAUUCCCUUAGAUUUGGUUGAUCUCGAUGUCAUCUUGGGAAUGGAAUGGUUGGAGAAGCAUCAUGCGUCCGUAGAUUGUUUCCGAAAUGAGGUUAUACUUCGAAGUCCGGGACAACUUGAAGUUACUUUCCGUGGAGAGCGUAGAGUUCUCCCAUCAUUUCUAAUCUCAGUCAUAACGGUGAGAUGGUUACUCAAGAAGAGAUGUGUGGGAUACUUAGCCCAUAUUAUCGAUACUCGUGGGUUCACCGUAAAUUUGGAAGAUGUUCCUGUUGUUCGAGAAUUCCUGGAUGUCUUUCCGGAUGAUCAUCCUGUUUUAACUCCCCAUGGAGAAACUGAGUUAAUUAUUGAACUCCUUCCAAGAACAAAUCCAAUUUAUUAA